AUGUCGUUUCUACAUUCUCAUUCUUGUGAGUGCUUAAAGUCUGAGUUAAAUCUAUUUUCGAUACCUCCUAUACAAACUUCGAUAGAAAGCUCUCAAUGGGUACACUAUAAACCGGUACCAUCCCUUACCGAUUACUCGCCUAUAGAAUUUGUCGUCCCUGGUCAUGGUGAUGAAUACAUUGAUUUGGCUCACACAAUGCUAAAUUUUAAGGUGAAAUUAAUUACACCACCUAGGGUUCUUACAAAUGUCGAACAGUUGGAUAGAGUUGGUCCUGUAAACAAUCCACUACAUUCGUUAUUCAGUCAAGUGGAUGUCUACUUUAAUCAAAAAGUUAUAUCUCCACUCAGUAAUUCUUAUGCUUAUCGGGCAUACAUUGAAACUCCACUUAACUAUGGUCCUGCUGCUAAAAAUAGUCAUCCGGCUACUUCUCUUUGGUAUAAUGGCACACCUGGAUAA